AAAGAGAAACCAACAGGAGAGUGAGAGAGAGGAAGAGGAGCGCGGAUCGCCCGGGAAGAGAGAGAGAGAGAAAGAGAGAGAGAGAUGGCCUUCAACACACUGACCUCUAGAGCGGUUCUGCUGUAUGAUGAGUGGCUCAAGGAAGCAGAUCCGCGCACAGGGAACUGGCUCCUCAUGGGUUCCCCGUUCCCGCAGACGUUCAUCAUCGCCGCUUACGUGUUCUUCGUGACGACUCUGGGCCCGCGGCUGAUGGAGAACCGCAAACCCUUCCAGCUGAAGAACACCAUGAUCAUCUACCAGUUCCUGAUGUCCGGCUGGGCUAACGGCUACAUCUACAGGUGUGAUCUGGUGGAUUACUCCAGCUCUCCACAGGCGCUGCGGAUGGCCUGGACCUGCUGGCUCUACUAUUUCUCCAAGUUCAUCGAGAUGCUGGACACUGUGUUCUUCGUGCUGAGGAAGAAGAGCAGUCAGGUGUCGUUCCUGCAUGUCUAUCAUCACUCCAUCAUGCCCUUCACCUGGUGGUUCGGCGUACGCUUUGCUCCAGGUGGUCUGGGGACGUUCCACGCGCUGCUGAACUGUAUUGUUCACGUCAUCAUGUACAGCUAUUACCUGCUCUCAGCUCUGGGGCCCAAAUACCAGAAGUACCUGUGGUGGAAGAAGUACAUGACCACCAUCCAGCUGGUGCAGUUUGUGCUGGUGACGGCCCACAUCGGCCAGUUCUUCUUCAUGCAGGACUGCCCGUACCAGUUCCCGGUGUUCCUGUACAUCAUCGGGCUGUACGGGCUGAUCUUCCUUCUGCUGUUCCUGCACUUCUACUACCACGCAUACACACGCGGCAAACGGCUGCCCAAAGUGCUGCAGAAUCGCAACUUCCUGCUGAAGAAGCUGGACUGACCCGCGCCGACCCCUUUCAGCAGAUCCACUUCCUGUUUUACGUUAAAACUCCUGUGGAAACCGUUGCAGACGUGACCCCCCCCCCACGCUGGUGCUGUGUGCAGACGCUGUCCUCCUCCUGCUGCGUUUGUGUGUGUGUGUGACUGAGCUGCGGGCCGGAUCUGAGCGCGGGUUAUGAGAGCAGAGGUGAUGAAGUUUUUUGAGGGUUUGUUCAUUAAAUGACCCGAUGACCUUUGACCCCUGACUGGCCGCCUGCUUGAGCCCCGCAGGAUCGUGCGCCGCAGACGUGACGUCAGCUGAAGUGUGUGUGUGUGUGUGAUUAUUUAUUCUUUAUUUAAUAUUGCGGUUUUCUUAAUGUCAUGCUGUUUUACAUGAAGGAAGUGAUGUCGUGUUUCCUGUUCUACUUUUAUAUUGUGAGCAACAGAAGAUUGUACCGGUGGGUUUCUCCUCGCCUUUGUCUUUUAAAGUCCUAUUUUCAAAUUUUUUUUUUUUUUUUUGUAUUUGUAUUUUUCCAAAAAAAAAAAAA